CUUCACCAUCUAAUGAAACAAUUGUCAGAUCAACUCUGGAGCUAAGUUUGAAAUUGUUUGCACCAUGCACAGAGAAGGUGGGAGGUCUCAUAAGGCUAUACAACCCCCAAUUGGAGUCGUUUACAACUUUUUACAGAAGAAAGCUCGAGUGAGGGUUUGGUUAUAUGAACAAUGCAACUUGAGGAUUGAAGGGGUCAUAAUUGGCUUUGAUGAGUAUAUGAAUUUAGUCCUAGCUGAUGCUUGCGAGCGCCAUAUGAAAUCAGGGGCGAAGAGACCUCUAGGGAGGAUUUUAUUGAAGGGAGAAACCAUUACUCUAGUCCAGGCUGCUAACUGAAAGAAUGCUUGUAACCGUUUUUACUGAAUAUAUCACUCAAUAUUUUCAUUCUUA